GCGGGCAUCGGGUCACCAGGCAUCAAGGUCAUUUGGCUCGACAGCGAGCACCGCGUCAUCUGGCAAGGCAGUGGGGCUCCGAGUCAACUGGCAUGACCGCGGGCACCGGGGCAGACAUUGAAUCGUCUGGCUGGACAGCGGGCAUCGGGUCACCAGGCAUCAGGUCAUUUGGCUCGACCGCGGGCACCGCGUCAUCUGGCAAGGCAGUGGGCUCCGAGUCAACUGGUAUGACCGCGGGCACUGGGUCAGACAUUGGAUCGUCUGACUGGACAGCGGGCAUCGGGUCACCUGGCAUCAGGUCAUUUGGCUCGACAGCGGGCACCGCGUCAUCUGGCAAGGCAGUGGUCUCUGAGUCAACAGGCACGACAGCGGGCACCGGGUCAUCAGGUACCGGAUUGUCUGGCUCGACAGCGGGCAUCGGGUCAUCAGGCAUCAGGUCAUUUGGCUUGCCAGCGGGCACCGCGUCAUCUGGCAAGGCAGUGGGCACCGAGUCACCAGGUACGACAGCGGGCUCUGAGUUAAUUGGCACGACAGCGGGCACCGGAUCAGGUACCGGAUCAUCUGGAUCAACAGCGGGCAUCGAGUCAACUGGC